ACCCGCACCGGCCCCCUCCCUUCCGCCCGCCGUCUUCUACUCCGCCCCUGGCGGAGGAAGUGAUGUCACAGGCCCCAUGUGAGCGGAUUGCAACACAUGCAGCUGCCUGGAGAGAGGGAGCCGGUGUCCUACGUCAGAGCCGCCGCCGCCGCGGAGCCGCCGCCGGGGAGGAGCAGCCGCUGCCGCCCAGGACUGGGCCCUUAGGGAGGAGGAGGCGAGAAGAUGGCGGACGACCCCAGUGCUGCCGACAGGAACGUGGAAAUCUGGAAGAUCAAAAAGCUCAUUAAGAGCUUGGAGGCGGCCCGCGGCAAUGGCACCAGCAUGAUAUCAUUGAUCAUUCCUCCCAAAGACCAGAUUUCACGAGUGGCAAAAAUGUUAGCAGAUGAGUUUGGAACUGCAUCUAACAUUAAGUCACGAGUAAACCGCCUUUCAGUCCUGGGAGCCAUUACAUCUGUACAGCAGAGACUCAAACUUUAUAACAAAGUACCUCCAAAUGGUCUGGUUGUUUACUGUGGAACAAUUGUAACAGAAGAAGGAAAGGAAAAGAAAGUCAACAUUGACUUUGAACCUUUCAAACCAAUUAAUACGUCAUUGUAUUUGUGUGACAACAAAUUCCAUACGGAGGCUCUUACAGCACUACUUUCCGACGAUAGCAAGUUUGGAUUCAUUGUCAUAGAUGGUAGUGGUGCACUUUUUGGCACUCUCCAAGGAAACACAAGAGAAGUCCUGCACAAAUUCACUGUGGAUCUCCCAAAGAAACACGGUAGAGGAGGUCAGUCAGCCUUGCGUUUUGCCCGUUUAAGAAUGGAAAAGCGACAUAACUAUGUUCGGAAAGUAGCAGAGACUGCUGUGCAGCUGUUUAUUUCUGGGGACAAAGUGAAUGUGGCUGGUCUCGUUUUAGCUGGAUCAGCCGACUUCAAAACUGAACUAAGUCAGUCUGAUAUGUUUGAUCAGAGGUUGCAAUCAAAAGUUUUAAAAUUAGUUGAUAUAUCCUAUGGUGGUGAAAAUGGAUUCAACCAAGCUAUUGAGUUAUCUACUGAAGUCCUCUCCAACGUGAAAUUCAUUCAAGAGAAGAAAUUAAUAGGACGAUACUUUGAUGAAAUCAGCCAGGACACGGGCAAAUACUGUUUUGGCGUCGAAGAUACACUAAAGGCUUUGGAAAUGGGAGCUGUAGAGAUUCUAAUAGUCUAUGAAAAUCUGGAUAUAAUGAGAUACGUUCUUCAUUGCCAAGGCACAGAAGAGGAGAAAAUUCUCUAUCUAACUCCAGAACAAGAAAAGGAUAAGUCUCAUUUCACAGACAAAGAGACAGGACAGGAACAUGAGCUUAUUGAGAGUAUGCCCUUGUUGGAAUGGUUUGCUAACAACUAUAAAAAAUUUGGAGCUACGUUGGAAAUUGUCACAGAUAAGUCACAAGAAGGAUCCCAAUUUGUGAAAGGAUUUGGUGGAAUUGGAGGUAUCUUGCGGUACCGAGUAGAUUUCCAGGGAAUGGAAUAUCAAGGAGGAGACGAUGAAUUUUUUGACCUUGAUGACUACUAGGUAGUCGACAUGGGUCCGGCAAAAUGUGCCUCACCCUCCAGCAUCCAACCCAAGGAGCAUACCCGUGGUGGAAUCCAAACAGAUCCCUGCCUUACAAUUGGAACAUUUCCAGAACUUAAUCCAUGAGCAUUGGAUAUUGAAAAGAAAACCGAAACAAAACCAGAUCCAACCCUACACAUUGGUUUGUCAUGGUGUCAGCGCAGCAGCCUACAACUAAGUUCCUAAAUGCCACUUUGGACUAAUUUAAAAAAGAAUCCCAGUUUUUACUUUUACUCGAUGGUGAAAUUGGUUGCUCUUGUAUUUUAUGGAAAAAAAAAAAAAAAAGAUUUUUUUAACCUUCAUACAUAGAAGCAAAAAUACUUUAACUGCUGUAAACCUCCAAAAGUUAAUAGAAGUGAGAUCAUACUGGUUUGUUUCUUAUUUUGAUUGGAGAAAAAUUAAAUUGCUGCAUUUCGCAGUGACCCAUUUACAUGGCAUUCUCAGCUUAGACUGCAUAAGAAGAAAUAUAUGUGGUGAAAUGUUGGAACCAUUUCUCUCUCGGUCUCUGUUUAAUGUUGAAAGGGUGAGCUAAUAGGAGGCAAUUUCAACUUUACUCCCUCACACUACCCCUCCCCCUCCAGACUGGCAGUUUCAAGGAUGCAAAUCGCAUUGCAAAAUCCAACUGACUCAUGAAGCAUUUGGGCCAGUGCACUGUUUACUUCUGUUUAGCAGACAGACGCAUUUGUGCCCGGUGUUUGGGAGCCCUUUGUAUCACUUGUUUUGACAAGGGUCCCCACAAUCUUAGCCUACUAGAAACCAGUUUGGGAUGGAUAUUAUGGGGCUUCUGUGCUAUUGCUGGGAUUGGAAGAAAUAAAACAUGCAAUUUAAGUGGAAGCAAAGAAAUUUAAAGGUUAUUUUAUUUUGCUUGGGUCUAUCCUUGGUAAAAGGGAGGUGGAUGUGUUUUCCUUGUGUUGGAUGGCAUGAGAUUAUGUGAAUGUUUUGAUUUAUUAAAAUGAACUGCAAGGUUUUUCACAGGAACGACGGACAAGACAUGUACGACUGCAUGUAAUUAUAAACUUCUGACCUCCUGGUGGGGUUGGAACAUCUGUUUCUAACGUGGGGCUUACAAGCAAGCACCUCUCACAUGAGAAAUUAGGGGAGAUGGGUGGGAAGGGAUGGGACACAGCUUCUGGCACCAUGGACUUAAGACCAUAUUGGAUCCAAAAGUUGGCCUAAAAUCCUGAAGCUCAUCCUUCAGAGCUGGGUUAUAAGUCAGACUUGAACCCAGCUGACAUGCAAGGUCAUGGCGUGCCCGAGGUGGUGACAGUGAACAAAGUGUAUAGUAUGUGCCCAGUAGUAGCAAUGGAAAAAAGUAUACCAAAUGGACUUUGAAGGACCAAAGGUUUUAAAAGUCAAUUGGUAUCACCCCCACACUGACGAAGGUAGUGGGGCACAUCUGGUUUUCAAAUUGGGUACUUUUAACACUUUAGUGCCUGACUGCUGUUAUUUACUGACUUGACUCAGUCACUUGUAGCUUUAUUGGUCUGAACCAGCUCCUUGUUCCCAGGUUACAGACCUGCCUAUCGUUCCAAUAAUCCUGUUUCACUUGAAUGAAGGGAGUAUGUCUUAAAUGUAAAGCUUCUGGUUCUCACACUGUAUACUCUGAGGUCCAAACGACUGUCUGUCAAUGUGUAACCUGAUGUCUCAACCCCCAGUGAGAAGAGUCGAUUCUUUGGUGUUCAUCGACGCAGGAGGCUUCACCGGAACAGGCUUUUUUUUUUUUUUUUCCUUUUUCUUUUCUUUUUUUUUUUUUUCUUUUUCUUUUUUUGCUUUGGGCUCUGCUGUUUGUUUGCAGAACACCCAAGAGUGAGCAAACAUGCUCUCUUCACAGCAGUACCUUAGGGUUUUGCCAUUGUAAAUGGGUCUGAUGUGAUAUGACAAGACCAGAGAAAUUGGAUGUAAAUUUACAUUUUUGAAUAUGCUUGUUGUUUCACAUGAUACAUUUAGGGUAUGCAGCUCCUUUUGUAGUUUUUAUUUUUACUAUUUAAGUUUGGAAAUGAUGCCAAAUUUUUGUAUUUCUUUAAUCAAUGUGUUCUCUUGGGUGAUAUAUAUUGCAUUAUAUAUUGAUGUGUGUAUCAAUAUAUACUGAUAUGUAUUACACUUACACAUACAAACACAUAAAUAAGAGGGGGUGAAAACCGUAGCCUUUGCAUUCUCUAUAGCCUCUGCAGAGAGAUCCUAAGCAGCGAAAUCUUGGUGUUGUGAUGUACAGAAAUGGAGAAGAGUAUUAAACCAUAUUUAAGAAUA